AUGAGAUUUGAAAAUGAUAGAGCCGACGACCCAUCACUAGGAAAUGUUGAGAACAACGAGGGUCGAAUGACAGCAGCAUUGGCGUUCGCAGUUUUUUCAGUGACACUUGGAUCGUUCCAGUUUGGUUAUCAUAUCGGAUGUGUAAAUGCUCCUGGUGAGAUAGCUGAAGAAGAUGAAUACAUUUCAGAAACUCGUCUCAAUUGCAGGAGUGUAGCGGUGUCAAUGUUCGCUGUCGGUGGUAUGUUUGGUGGCUUGCUGUCUGGUUGGCUGGCCGACAAGGUUGGUCGUCGUGGUGGUCUACUAUACAACAAUUUGUUCGCCUUCGUCGCUGCUGCAAUGAUGGGAUUGGCAAAGCCAGUAGGCGUCUAUCCGCUCAUUGUGAUCGGGAGAUUGUUCAUCGGGUUCUAUUGUGGAUUAACAUGUAUCGUACCUAUGUAUCUCGCUGAAACGUCACCAACUAAUCUUCGUGGUAUGCUCGGAUCACUGCAUCAGUUGCUGAUAUUUGGCUUGCCGUACAUUUUGGGUAACGAAAAGCGAUGGCCGCUGAUUUUUGCUUUCACUGUCGUGCCGGCAGUCAUACAAGUCUUAACAUUGCCACUGAUUCCUGAAUCACCAAAAUACACGCUCUGUGUCCGAGGACAACCCGAUAAGGCUGCCAAGGAUCUGAAAAAACUUAGGGGAACGGAAGAUGUGAGCGCCGAGAUGAAUAUGUUCCGCGAAGAAGCGGCAGCUAGUGGCUCAGCUGCUCAAGAACGCCCGUCCAUGCUGGAUAUGUUCCAUGGAUCACUGUUAUGGCCAAUGACGAUCGCAAUUAUGAUGAUGCUUGCUCAGCAGUUGUCUGGUAUCAACGUGGCGAUGUUCUACUCUACGGUGAUCUUCAAACAGGCUGGUUUAAGUAAUGAAGGUGCUGUCUAUGCCACAAUUGGUAUGGGUACGGUCAAUGUGAUCAUGACAGUCGUUUCUGUGUGGUUGGUAGAUCAUCCGAAAUUCGGUCGUCGUUCUUUGCUUUUGAUGGGGAUGAUCGGAAUGUGGAUAUCGACGAUUCUGCUAGUGGCUGCUCUUUCACUGACUGCGCGCGGUUCAAUUCCGUGGUUUUUCGUAUCCGAGAUAUUCGCGUCGAGUGCUCGUGGCAAUGCGAAUUCAAUUGCUGUUAUGGUGAACUGGACUGCGAACUUGAUUGUUGGACUCACAUUCCUUUCACUUAACAACGCCCUUGCACAGUACUCGUUUCUCGUUUUCACCGGAUUCCUCUCUUUCUUCAUCUUCUUCACUCAUCGUUUCGUACCAGAGACAAAAGGGAAAACGGUUGAGCAAAUCACUGCGUCAUUUGAUAGACGGAUACGUUAA